UAGCCCCGAUAGCUCUGUCACCAGCCUUGCCUUGGCUCCUCGAGGAUAAUCACCAAUUCUGCCUAAAGGACUGAGGAAAAGUGCCUCCAAAAGAGCAAGAAUAUUCCAAUAUGGGCAUGAGUAUCUUGAAAUUACUGAAGUAUGUCCUGUUUUUUUUCAACUUUCUUUUCUGGUUAUGUGGCUGCUGCAUAUUGAGCUUUGGGAUCUACCUUCUGGUCCAUAACAACUUUGGAGUGCUCUUCCAUAACCACCCCUCUCUCACAUUGGGCAAUGUGCUCAUCAUCGUGGGCUCCAUUAUCAUGGUGGUCGCCUUCCUCGGCUGCAUGGGCUCCAUCAAGGAGAACAAAUGUCUGCUUAUGUCGUUCUUUGCCCUGCUGUUGAUUAUCCUCCUUGCUGAAGUGACAUUAGCCAUCCUGCUCUUCCUGUUUGAAAAGCAGCUGGGUAAUUACGUGUAUCAGGGACUGAAUGACAGCUUCCAGCGUUAUGAAAAGGAUAACAAGACCAAGGCAGCAUGGGACUCCAUCCAGACAUUUCUGCAAUGUUGUGGUGUGAAUGGCACAAGUGAUUGGAAUAUGAGACCACCACCAUCUUGUCCCUCAGAUCUACAAGUUGAGGGUUGCUAUCUGAAAGCAGAAACAUGGUUUCAUUCCAAUUUCCUAUAUAUUGGGAUCAUCACCAUCUGUGUAUGUGUGAUCCAGGUCUUGGGGAUGUCUUUUGCACUGACUCUAAACUGCCAGAUUGAUAAAACCAGCCAGGCCCUGGGAUUGUGAUCUUCUAUUGCUUUGUGCUGGAGAGACUUGUUUCAUCUCUGAAAACCCAAAACCAUUUAUAAUAUGAAGCCUGAAAUAAUUACUACCUGGAAUGGAGUCUUUAUCUCCCACUAUUUCUUCCUUAUUUUGAUCCCUAUUUCCUACAACCAACAAAGAAGGUGGCAGUCAGGCACUCCUCAUCUCAAACAAGAAGACCAUUAUUCAUUAACUCAUAUCUGUAGCCAUGUCACUCAAUUUGGUGAUACUGAUACUGCAUCAUUUUUCAGACAGGAGAGACCAAAUGAACUUGUGUUAAGAAUGGCUCAAAAUCUAAGAGUUAGUUGGGACUUGAAUGUAUGCAUUGUCCCAUUGUCAAAUAAAUCGCUAGCCUUUAAAUCAUGUCCAAGAGAAAAGAUGAGGAGAUUUCUAAGGCUAGUUUUUUGAAUCAUUUUUAUAACCUACUACAUUUCCUUUUGACUGGAGGUCUUUGGUCCAGGAAUGACAGUCUCUUUCCCCAAAGGGUAAGGUUUCAUUUCAGUUUCCUUAUUGAAGUCCUCACUGAUUCACUCUACGUCUUUCCAGAAGAAAAUGUCCAGUGAUCCAUACCUUGACUUCAACCACUCUCUUAGCCUUUGAUUUACACAGCUAUGCUAUGGAGCAACUCAGUGGAACCAGUAUCUCUGAUGAUUUAAGUGAUCAUUACAUCCAGAAGAAUGUAUCAGAUAAGGUUUUGUUAAUGUACUAUUUUAACUUUAAUAAAUAUCUUUUUAUCUUGUGAGUAUAUGAAUUGCUGUUUUACUGAGUCUGGUCACAGUCUUCCAUUUGAUUACAACUGAGAA